GUGAAUCAAUGUACAGAGAGUUAUCAAAUACUUCAGAUGUUCUCAAUUAUAUUCAACGAAUAGCACGUAUUAUUUCAUUACGUGAGACAUGUUUCAAUUUAAUCGUCAAUAUGAACAUCAUAAAACAUAAGAUAUGUAUGGUAUCUGAUUUUUUUUAUCCUAACAUGGGUGGUGUUGAGGAACAUAUCUUUAAUUUGUCUCAAUGUUUAAUGGAGCUUGGACAUAAAGUUGUAGUGCUUACUCAUUCCUAUGGUGAUAGAAUUGGAGUACGUUAUAUGACAAAUGGCCUAAAAGUAUAUUACAUACCAGUAAAAGUAUUCUACAAUCAAUGUGUUCUUCCAACAAUGAUUUGUUCUAUCCCUCUCAUUAGAUAUAUCUUUCUAAGGGAAGAAAUCCAAAUAGUUCAUGGUCAUUCUGCAUUCUCUGCUCUUGCUCAUGAAGGGAUGUUAAUUGGCCGUCUGAUGGGAUUGAAAACCAUUUUCACAGAUCAUUCGCUUUUUGGUUUUGCGGAUGCCUCUGCGAUUUUAACAAAUAAAUUUUUAGAGAUAUCGUUAGCUGAUUGCAACCAUUGUAUAUGUGUAUCACAUACUGGGAAAGAGAAUACAGUAUUGAGAGCAAAGGUCUUAAAAGAGAAAGUUUCUGUUAUCCCAAAUGCAGUUGAUACUACUUUAUUUAUGCCUGACAUCAGUAAAAGAGAUGAUAAUUUUAUUACAAUAGUCAUAGUAUCGCGACUAGUAUAUCGCAAAGGCGUCGAUUUAUUAGCUCGUAUUAUACCCGAUCUUUGUAGUCGAUACAAGAAUGUGCAAUUUCUAAUUGCUGGAGAUGGUCCCAAAAGAUGGCUCAUAGAAGAAAUACGAGAAAGAAACUUGUUACAACAUAGAGUAACGUUGCUUGGAAGCUUGGAGCAUUCUCAAAUUAGACAUGUAUUGAAUAAGGGUCAUAUAUUCCUAAAUACAAGUCUGACAGAAGCAUAUUGCAUGGCAAUUGUUGAAGCUGCAUCAUGCGGUUUACAAGUUGUUUCAACAAAAGUCGGUGGUAUACCUGAAGUACUGCCACCUGAUUUAAUUUAUUUAGUAGAACCCACAGUACCUGCUCUUAUUAAUGGACUAGAAUCUGCUAUAACAGAUUAUAAAGAAGGAAAUACUAAAUGUCCAUUUGAAAUGCAUAGAAGGAUAAGUUUAUUUUAUAACUGGUUUAAUAUUACUAAAAGGACUGAAAUAGUUUACAAUUUAGUAAAACAAGAAAAUAAAAAGAAUUUAGGUCAACAAUUAGCAAGUUAUGUUCAAAGUGGAGUAUUAGCCUAUUUACUUGUUGUAUCAUUGUGCUACAUCAUUUUACAAAUUUUAGAAAUCCUUGUACCACAAAAGUACAUUGAUAUUGCAAAAGAUUAUGCUGAAAUUAACGUCAUACAGCCUCGAGGAGACGAAAAAGAGGAUUAAUAUUUUAUUUCCAAGAUGUACUAUAAGGUGAUAUAAGCAUUUUGAUAGUAUGUGUUUUAUAUACCAAAUACAUUCCUAUCAGUACGAUUUAAAUAUAUCUUUUCGUGCAAGAGGUUCAACUAUUCAUAAAAAUACUUCCUAACAUUCUUUUGAGAUAACAUAUUUUCAUGUUGUAUAAAUAUAUAUGUACAAAAACAGAAAUACAGUGUCCAAAGUACAAAUACAGUUGUUAAAAAAAAUUAAA